AUGAAAAAUAUUGGUCUUAUAUUACUUAUUCUUAGUAUUAUUCUAUUUGCUAGUUUUCAUUUAUUCUCAUUCAAUAAUAAAAGCAUUAUUACUCAACAACAAUGUAUAUCCAAAUCAGAUGAUUUGAAUGAAACUCGAAGAAGAAAUUAUGAUUCAUCAUCAUUAAAACCAAUUAUAUUUAUUGGUGGAAUGCCACGUAGUGGUACAACAUUAAUGCGUGCUAUUCUUGAUUCACAUCCAUCUGUUCGUUGUGGUGAAGAAACAAGAGUUAUACCAAGAAUGUUAAGUAUGAGAGCAGCAUGGAAAAAAUCAACUAUUGAAUGGAAUAGACUUUUGUCUGGUGGUAUGACAGAAUCAAUUCUUGAUUCGGCUGUUCGUGCAUUUGUUUAUGAAAUUCUCAUUCAUCAUAGUCAAUCUGCUGAUAUUCUUUGUGAUAAAGAUCCUUUUGUUAUUAAAUAUUCGUCAUAUGUUUCAUCAUUAUUUCCAAAUUCGAAAUUUCUUUUAUUAAUACGUGAUGGACGUGCUGUUAUACAUUCUGUGAUGACACGGAAAGUAACAAUUACUGGUUUUAGUUUAACUGAUUAUCGACAAAAUUUAAAAAUAUGGAAUAAAGGUAUGGAAACUAUGUAUGAAGAAUGUGAACAAAUCGGUCCAGAUAGAUGUCAAAUGGUUUAUUAUGAACAACUUGUUUUACAACCAAAAAAAACUAUUGGAAAUAUAUUAAAAUUUCUAAAUAUAUCUUGGGUUGAUAGUGUUCUUCAUCAUGAAGAAUUUAUUGGAAAGAAAAUAUCACUUUCAAAAACUGAACAUUCUACAGAUCAAGUUAUUAAACCAAUCAAUCUUGAAGCAUUAACAAAAUGGUUUAGUCAUAUACCAGCGCAUGUUAAACGAGAUGUAGAUUCUUUAGCACCAAUGUUGAAGAGACUUGGUUAUGAUACAAUAUCAGAUGCACCAACAUAUGGUACUGCAGAUCCAUUCGUAUUAGAAAAUAUGAAUCGACUUAAAAACAAUGCUGACUUUUGGAAAAAUCAAACAAAAAUGUAUGCACGUCAAAUACCUACUCGAGUAAAUUAA